AGUGUGCUGUCUCUGUUCCAAGGAGAAUAUCAGCUCUGCACAGGGAGGAGAGGAUUAGUGCAACCACUCAGCUCAUCUGCAUACACGUUCCCAGAGAACCACAUGAGCACCCAGGGCUGCACCUCUUUUGUAUAAAAACCUGGCACUCCUAUCACAGAGGCUCCACUUGAUCUACUGUCACUGCUGUGAGAGGAUUUAAUAGGGACCACAGUGUUUUUUUUCCUUUCGACUCUUUUUAAAGAUUUUUUUUUUGAUACUUUAAAUUUGCAAUUUGUUGUCUGUGAUGUCUCUAUUUAAUUGGGACAAUGCAAGUAAUAUCAUUUGAUAUAGACUUGCUCUGAACCCUUCAUUUUUUGGGACUUUUUCCACUGAGUUUGUUGCUUGAUCUGGUUUGGGAGACUGUAGCACCAGAAUGCCAUCUAGAGAGUCCUACGAGGUUCACAAGGAAGAGAAGUCCCUGGUGCAAAAGGCCAAGCGAGGAGAGGCCAAUCAGGAGGAUAUUCUGGCGGCAGCUCUGGGGAUGAGGAUGGGGCCACAGAAACCUCCAGCCACUUUCUGGCAGCCACUUAAACUAUUCGCCUAUUCACAGCUCACCUCACUGGUCCGCAGAGCCACACUGAAGGAGAGCGACCGGACACCAAAAUCAGAGAAAGUCCACAACUUCAAGGUCCACACCUUUCGGGGGCCUCACUGGUGUGAACACUGUGCCAGCUUCAUGUGGGGACUGAUGGCUCAGGGGGUCAAAUGUGCAGAUUGUGGUUUGAAUGUCCACAAACAAUGCUCGUCUCUGGUACCCAACGACUGCAAGCCAGACCUGAGACACAUCCGUAAAGUCUACAGCUGUGACCUCACGACCCUGGUGAACGCUUAUAAUACAGCGCGACCUAUGGUGGUGGACAUGUGCAUACGAGAGAUCGAGUCCAGAGGACUCAAGUCUGAAGGCCUCUACAGAAUAUCUGGAUUCAGCGAUGCAGUGGAAGAAGUCAAGAUGGCGUUUGACAAAGAUGGCGAGAAGACAGACAUCUCAGGGAAUGCCUAUGAAGACAUCAAUAUCAUUACAGGUGCACUGAAACUGUACCUGAGGGAUUUGCCUGUUCCUGUCAUCUCAUACGAUGCUUACCCAAGGUUCAUCGAGGCUGCAAAGCUCACAGACGCAGAGAAGAAACUGGAAGCUUUCCGCGAGGCUCUAGCUCUGCUGCCGCCAUCACACAAUGAAACUUUAAAGUACCUCAUGGCGCACUUAAAAAGGGUGACACAGAAUGAGAAAUUCAACCUGAUGAACGCAGAAAACCUUGCCAUCAUUUUCGGACCCACCCUCAUGCGCGCACCAAACCUGGAUGCCAUGACAGCACUCAAUGACAUCCGCUACCAGAGACAGGUGGUGGAGGUGCUCAUUAAAAAUGAAGAUGUGCUCUUCUAAACACAGAUCAGGACUUUUAUAGAACAGCUAUCUAAUCAUUCGUAUGUGUAAAGACUUGAAUGACUGUUUGUAUUACAUUGAUUGAUACAUUUUUUAAAUUGCCCUGCAUAUGGACUAGUACUUACCUACCUUCUGUCCUCCCCUGUUUCGGGUGUGGACGAUGAACUUUACUCCAUGUCUCCCCAUUUUUGUCGGGGGAUUUUCAGAAGCUGACAGACCAGCAUGCAUGGUGCGAGGUCUUUGUUGCUUUGUAGUCGUAACCCAGCAUGUGUUAAGAUCGUGUAGCGCUGUGAUUUUGCUUUUGUCUGUUCUGUGGUAGUUAUAGUCCACAUUCCCAGCUGCCUGCUGCGCAGUUUUUUUUUCUGUGAAACAUUGUAUAGCUGGAUGUAAAAAUAAGCUACUGAUUUUUCUGGGGUAAUUUUUAUGAUGCUGUAUUUUUUUAUCUCCUCAACUGUUUUUAUGUAACCUGAAUUAGUUGAAUGAGCCUUUCCUGUUAAUGCGUACAAACUGGUGCAUUUGCCUGACCUUAACAUUUUUAUUGUGUUAUAAACAGCAUUAUUUGUGAAUUUAAUUUUUUAUUGUAAUGUUUUUGUACACAACUUGUGCAUGAUCAGUUUAAUUUAUUAAACCUUACUCUGAGAAAUUAA